AUGAAAUGCACACAUGAUUUUGAAAAUUUGACAAAGUUCAAUAUAAUCUUAAAUGGGAUGGAAAGACAAAUUUCCACUUUAUAGUUGUCAUUAAUAUUAUGUAGUUAUAGUCUGUGCCUGGAUCGAGCUCUAUUCAUGGAUUACUUGAUGCCGCUACUUGCCCUGCUUUUAUUGCUUCUGUCUACCACCCCAUGUAUCGCCGCUAAGAAGCGGCCGCCGUGCGAUUUCCCGGCGAUAUUCAACUUUGGUGACUCGAAUUCCGACACCGGCGGCCUGUCAGCAGCUUUUGGUCAGGCAGGGCCGCCGCAUGGACAGACGUUUUUCCAUCAUCCUGCCGGAAGAUACUGUGAUGGCCGUUUGAAGAUUGAUUUUAUAGCUGAGAGGUUAGGGAUACCAUAUCUAAGUGCAUUUUCUGGACGCAUUGGGGUCAAACUUCACGCAUGGGGCCAACUUCGCGACGGCGGGUUCGACCAAUCCCGGUACCUCAAAAUACAACCCUGCAUCAAAGCGGUUUCAGCCCUUUCUCCUUGAAUGUGCAGUUUAAUCAGUUCAGCGACUUCCAUCGCCGCUGGCCUCAGACCAUUAAACUCCACAACAACAGCGCCGGGGCUGAUGUAUUCUCCAGAGCUCUGUACACAUUUGAUAUUGGACAGAAUGAUUUAACGGCAGGCUACUUCCUGAACAUGUCAACAGAUCAAGUAAGAGAUUAUGUUCCUGAUGUAGUGGAUCAGUUUUCGUCCAUGGUGAAGAGUGUGUAUGAUGAUCAAGGGGGGAGACACUUCUGGAUACAUAAUACGGGUCCGGUGGGUUGCCUUCCGUAUGUGUUGGUAAGAGCGGGGGGAGGGGGCGGAGGGUCGACCAGUGGGGAUGCGCGGCUGCUUUCAACGAGGUGGCCAAGUAUUUCAACAGCAGGCUGUGGCAUGCCGUGGUCCAGCUGAGGAAGGAUCUCCCACUGGCUACCCUCACCUAUGUUGAUGUUUAUUCUGUCAUGUAUCACCUCAUCACUCAUCCCACCCAACACGGGUUUGUGCACCCACUGGAGGCUUGUUGUGGAGAUGGGGGGGAAAUACAAUUAC